UCGCUGGCUUCGAGAGCAACGUACACCAUCCAUCGUUAGUUCAAACGACACACACCCUCCCUCCUCUCUAGCUUGAUCGCUUCUCUCGUGCGCUAGCUAGCUUGAUCUCUGCCUAGCUCGAGCCCUCGUGCCCAUUGUCGCCAUGGAUAUGGCCAAGUCGCUGGUUCUAUGUGCCAUAUUCCUCUCGGCGUGCCUCUCACUCGCCGCGGCCGAUUGGUUGCAAGCGACGGCGACGUUCUACGGCGAAGCCGACGCCUCCGGCACCAUGGGCGGCGCGUGCGGGUACAGCAACCUGUACGACCAGGGGUACGGCGUGAACAACGCGGCGCUGAGCACGGUGCUGUUCAACAACGGCGCGUCGUGCGGGCAGUGCUUCACGAUCACCUGCGACUCCAAGAAGUCCGGAUGGUGCAAGACCGGCAACAGCAUCACCGUGUCGGCCACCAACCUGUGCCCGCCCAACUGGGCGCUCCCCAACGACAACGGCGGGUGGUGCAACCCGCCACGGCAGCACUUCGACAUGUCGCAGCCGGCCUGGGAGACCAUCGCCAUCUACCGGGCCGGCAUCGUGCCCGUGCUCUACCAGCGCGUCAAGUGCUCGCGCCAGGGCGGGGUCCGGUUCACCAUCUCCGGGUUCAACUACUUCGAGCUCGUGCUCAUCACCAACGUCGGCGGCAGCGGCUCCGUCGCCAGCGUGUCGAUCAAGGGGAGCAACACCGGGUGGAUCCAGAUGUCCAGGAACUGGGGCGCAAACUGGCAGUCCCUCGCCGGCCUGGCCGGCCAGGCGCUCAGCUUCGCCGUGACCACCACCGGCGGGCAGUAUCUUGUCUUUGACAACAUCGCGCCGGUCUGGUGGCAGUUCGGACAGACAUUCGGCUCCUACAAGCAGUUCGACUACUGAGACACCAUCAGUCGCGCGUCCUCGCGUCUUCGUGGUCGGAUUAAUGGCUGGUUCGUGCGUGCGCUCGUGAUUUUGACGGAGUUACACGUACCUGCCGCCAGCCAUUAAUUGCAUCCUUGGUCUUGGUGUCCGGCUCCGGCAUGGAUAUGAUAUAUCCUCCUAGCUAUAUGAUGCUCCGACGUACUGCUGGAGCUGCGCGCGCGGGAUGAUGUGUAACUUCGAUUCCUAGCUUGUUGCCGAUAUUUUUACUUGUUGCUUUACUAAUUUUUCUUCUUUUAAUUCGGUGCGGCCAUCUAUAUAUGCAUGCAUAGCAUGCAAAUCAGUUUUCAAACUUAAUGAAAUUUAUUACUAGUAUAUUGAAGAAAUA